ACCGGCGGAAAUAAGCAAAUACAGCGGGCAGAUUAAAUAUUUUUGUUUUUUAUUUCGAUAACCUCGCUGUCUUUAUUGGAAAUGUUUGAAAUCCCAGACGAAGAUGAUUUCUGGAAUGAUGAGUUGGAAGACAACCUUUUGUCAAAGACUAGUUCCUUCACUGAUAAAGAAAACAGACCGCAGUUGAGGGUACCAAAUUCUACAUGCACAGGAAACCCUGCAAAAAGAUUGUGUACAGAUUUCUCAAGAGAUGUAGCAUUACCAGUUCAAGCAGAAUUGAACAAAGAAUUACCUCAGUUUAGAGGUGUUAGAAGUGCCAACAAUCAUAAUGAAAGUGUUUUAAUGAACAAAAGCAUACCAAAAAAAUUAGCACAACAAAGCAACAUCACUGUAGUGAACACUGGCACACCAAAUGUACCAUCAUUGUGCAAUAACCCCACUGUAGUGAACAAUGACAGGACAAAUGUAUCAGUACAUCAUGCACAACAGAGAAACAAAACAGAGACAUUUACUGAUGCUCCAUUCCAUAUACCAUUUCCUAAAGAAACAUCCCUGUCACAAGCUGACAGUAUUGAACAUUAUGAAAGAUCAAAUAUCUGUAGGACUGCCAUAGGCAUGGAUCAGUCAAUCGCACCACCACCAGGCUCUGACAAAAAUAACAGUGGUAUAUGCAGUGAUAUAAGUGAAAGAAAAAUAACAGAGAGAAAUAGUUUUCCAUCCAGUAACAAUAAAACACAUACAAUUAAAGAGCCGCAAAACAUUCAAAGUGACAAUAAUAAUGUAUCCAGGACUACCAGAAGAAGGUCAAAUGAGAAUGAGGCUGGAGAUCAUGUGACACCUCAGAGGAAAAGGAAAUUUCCUGGUCCUGCUGGCCUCUUGCCAAAACUGGGUCCAGGUAGAAACUUAGACAUGAUGUCUCCUGUAUCAUUGAUAACCACCACACCUGUAACCAACAAAUCACCCAAGGAUGAUAGUACAAUACUGUGCUCCCAGCAAACAGAUGAUAUAUUUAAUGAGUUACCAUGGCAACGUCUGCUCACUGAUCUAGAAGAUGAUGGUCAGAAACUUCUCAAGAAAUACUCUAUUUCUUCCACGCUACUUAAGUCUGGCAAAAAGCAAUUGGUACAGGGUAAAGCAGCACUUAUAUUUGGUAUAAUUGAGUCAAUAGAAAGUCAUGGUUCCGAGGCCAGUGUUACUAUUAGGGACAGAUCAGGAAGAAUGCAGGGCACAAUACAUCAUGAUUUAUUGAAGGACCACGAGGCAGACUUGCAGGCUGGAACUGUCCUUGUUCUUAAACAGGUCAGCAUAAUAAGCCUAUCAAACAGAAAUCACUAUUUAAACAUAACACCUAGUAAUGUAGUGAUGUUAUAUCGAGGGGGUGAAGGGUCAUUGAGGUCACUCAAGUUUCAUGGUAGUGAGGACUCCCUACAGUCUGUGUUAUCAGCCCUGGAGAAAAAAGCAGCCUCUCAACAUAGUAGUCUUAAUACCAGUCUUAAUAUGACACCAUCUAGUCAUUCAGGAAGUAGAAGAUACAGUACAGAUCCUGGUACCCCUCAACAGUUUGGUGCAUCACCACUGUCAGGGCUAGGUACCAACACUCCUCAGAGAUUUGUUACGUCUCCGAUAACACCUGUAACUAACCAGAGGAUAUUUAACCCACAUUCACCUGUAACAGGAGGGUCACCCGCUACUGCUACACCUUCAACUUCAGGUGUUAGAAAUGUUUCUGUUGUGAACAGAGAUAUGAACCAAAGGGGAAAUAAUUUUACACCAAAUUUUAGAAACACCAACUUACAAAGUGGAAUGAAUACACCUUGUGGUUCUGUGUCAGAAAAUACCUAUAUCAGUACACCAAAUACAAACUUCAAAGUGAUACCUGUCCAAGACAAUGUAAAAUUAUCAAAUCUCAGCUCAAAUAAUGUCUCAUCAAACAAUAACCAUACAGUAUUAAACAAUGUAGGGAACACAAGCAUUAGGCCAGGACAACCCUGUAACAAUGUUCAAAAUGUUUCAGUGAAAAACUUUCAAAAUCAAAAUCCCUCGGCUAAUCCUGUAUUAAAUACACCAAAUUCAGUUGGAAAGUCAAAGUGGAAAUUUAAAUCUCCCCCUACUAGAAAUAGUAGUCUUCCAUCUUCACCUGACAUUAAUACCACCAUCCCUGGAAAGAUUCCAACCAAUGCUGUAUCUAGUAAAAUUCCUACUGUGAAUGCAAUAAACACAAAUGUUACGCCUAAUACUGGAGCUAUAAAAAGUGCAGAAGGACAGGGCACCAACCAGCAUCAAACUAUUGGUAUAAAAACUACAGGCAGUGUUGGAGGAAAUAAAUCAGUUAAUGGGGGAACCUCGUCUUGGUCUUUCAAAACAGCUAAUGUUUUACACACACCUGGACAGACGGACAAACCUGUGACACAUGUGAGUGAUGAAAAUCUAUGGGAAGAUGAUAUGGAUGAUGACAUUUUAUCACAAUUGUCAGAAGACUUUACUUGACAUACAAGAAAAUAUGGAGACAUAAAUAAAGAUGAUAAAGAUUCAAUCAUAUAGCAUGCAUAAGAUUAGAUAUAUAAGGGAGAUAAUUCUGCUGCAAGAUUGUAUUAUACCAGGGAAUUUGGAUUAUUUCAUGAGAGGGAGCUCUCCAAGUUGGCUAACAGAAGAUUGGAUGUUCUACUUUUGUCCUGAAAUAAUGCACAAAGGGACACUGUGAACUUUCCUCCAUUAAAAAAGGCUUAAUAGGUGCCAUAUAAUCUAAACAAUGUUUGAUAUAUUGAAUUCAAAAAGAGAAAUUAUUUACAAACGACAUUGGAGGAAAAGGAUAAUGUAUUGGCUUAAUUAGUGAUGAAAACAAUGUAUGAAUCAUUUACAACUACAGCACCAUAAUGGAUUUAUUCAGUAUUUUCCUGUACUAAUUCUACAUACACGUGAACAAAAGUUUCUGUGUAAUUAUUAUCUAAUAGAUAAUGGAAAUAAUUUAACUCAGAUGUUGAAAUGUUUGUCCUUUAUGAUAAACAUUUAUUUUUAAAUUCUGUGAUUUCUGUUAUUAUAUCUGAAGUUAUUGACUGUCUUGCUUAAUAACUCUUUAGAUGCAGCAACCAGUAAAAUUUUUAUAGUGUUUUUGUAUUAAACAUGAUUAAUGGUUCACAAUUCGUGUGAUGGAAGGAGUAUUAAAAUGCUUAUUUCAAAGAUACAUGGAUAGACAUAAAGCCUACAUGCCUGGGAAAAGAGGUAAUGCAAGACAGAUAACAUGCAUUAAAUGAGCAUGGCUGAUUUGAAAGUUGUCUUAUAUUAGAGCUAUAACACUACUGAUUGGUGACAUUUUGAUCAGUACCAAUUUACACUGUGCCGACUUAAACUGUAUAAUUUAUUCAUUUAUAAAUCUCCAUUGACAAAUAUUGUCAAGUGCACACAUUGCUACUAAAUAUCUCUCAUACAGUUGUCUUCUAUGGUCAUUAAUAGAUUUUUUUAUCAUGUGUAAAUUAAAUUUGUUAGUUCAUUUCUGUAGACUAUACAUGGUUCAAACAAUUAAUUUAUAUGCUUGAAAUACAUGUAUUACAUAACUUAAAAUAUGCUUCAUUUAGUUUUUAUAUAAAACUUCAUCAAGGCUGAAAUUAGGCUUUAUCACACCCCAUGCCGCUAUUGCAACUUAGUAAAAAAGGUAUUGAAUGGCCCUGCAUAUUUUGACAUGUCAUUUGUCUUAUACAAACAUAGUGUAAAGAGGUUCUAAAUGUUGGCAUUACACUUUCGACAUGUCAAUGAAAAUUUUUUCUUUGCAUAUUCUACAGUCUUUAUUUUGGGUAUGUGAUAAAUUGAAUGUUAUAUUUGUAUACCU